AUGCCUGUCGCACCUCUUCAGCACCCCUACAUCAUCCCUCCAGCACCCCACCAGAACCUCUCCGGCAUCUCAGGAGCUCCCCUCCCCUCUCCAGCAUCCCUGCCACAGGUCACGCAGAGCACGGAGAUACCAGUGAAUGAGACAGGACAGUUCAUCCAAUAUGAAAACCUCUUCGUCAAGGCAGAACAAGCCAUAUCAGCCGCAGCACAGGAAUCUCGUAUGCCGCCACCUACCGUUACCCCGGAACUACUCAAUCAUAACAACGCGCAUGCCGACGCGCGUGACCUAGCUGACGAGGAUGCGAUCAUGCGCAAGCUGGUUCGGUGUUACAGCAGUGAAUCCCUUACGAGUGUGACGUCAGAAUCAUCGGUACACGAAAAUAUAUUUAGCACAGCGGGUCAGGUUGAGGUCAUUAUCGAGUAUUCAUCAGAUCCAUCUCGUCUUAUCGUCACCGUGGUACAGGCUCGUGACCUUCGACCUUUACCUGAAGGGGCGGCACUUUCUGACACCUACGUCACACUCUAUCUUGACCCAGAUAACGAUGUCAAAGGUCAAACGAAGAUAUACAGAAGAAGCUUCAGUCCGGUCUACAAUGAAAGGUUUUCAAUGCGGGUCCGAUGGGAGGAUCUACCCCGCCGAACAUUACGAUUGACAGUGAUGAACUACGAUAGACAUGCUCGUCAUGAGGAGAUAGGCCAGACCGAGCUACAACUAGAGGACAUUGAUUGGCAACAUGGACCCUUUAACACGUGGCUUAAUCUUCACGAUUCUAAUGAAAAACCAGAGAACCUAGGAGACAUCAUGUUUUCUCUGAGCUAUCUUCCAACAGCUGAGCGACUUACCGUGGUCAUCGUUAAAGCUAGGGGCCUUAUAUGGAGUGAUAACAAAAAAUCAGGAGAUCCAUUUGUGAAAGUGUACCUUCUACAGAACGGCAAGAAGAUAAGUAAAAAGAAGACAUCAAUGAAAAGAAGUGAAACGUGUCCUAUCUUUAAUGAGGCUAUGAUGUUUUCUGUGCCAUCGACCAUUCUAGAGAAAGUCACCCUACGUAUUACUGUAGCUCAGUUUGGUAUGGGUGGUAAGACCCCCAGCGUCGGUCACGUGUUAAUUGGUGCUAACGCCAAAGGAUCAUCACUAAGCCAUUGGAAUCAGAUGCUAAUCUCUCUCAGAAAACCUGUCGCUAUGUGGCAUUCCCUCAGGAAAUAGCUAUCCAUUCCUAUCAGAUGAUACUGCUGUCUUCCUGAUAGAAAGAGCUGCUAAAGCUGCCAUUCUCAGACAAAAGGAAAGCGAAUGAAAUUUUUCGAAAGACGGUUGGAACGCAGUUGGGCCUCGAGAGUCGUUCAUAUAUGACGCUGGAAAACCGCGGGUUGGGAAAAUUGUGUCUGACACCGCCUAUAACGUAGGUCUGAAGGAUAUAAGUGAGAUUACGAAGGGUGUUUGUUUGCAUGUACUCGAUGAUCGUUAUUGCACCAAGUCGGUGCUGUUCUAAGAUGUAUGCCUUCUUCAGCAGACUGUCAAACAUGAUAACUAUUUAUUUUGUAUCGUACUAUUGUACUAUUGUGUAGAUAAAAUAACUAAAGAUGUAUUCUCUACUGGACAACAGAUCAAACCGAUUUUUUAAAUAAAUAUAGUGAAGACACAAGUUUGUAAAUCAUUUCACCUCUUCCGUGUUUCUAACAUUCAUAUUUUCACAUAGAAGUGAACAUGUCAAGUAGAAUGUACUG